AUGGAGGCAGGCCCGACGCUAGCCAACCAUGCCGCACCCACAUACUCUGGCGUCUGGGUAGUGAUGAGUGUGUCGACGAUAGCUUUUGGAUUACGGCUGUUUUCUAGGGCAAGUAUAACAUCUGAUUUAGGAUGGGAGGACUUGGUUAUGGCAAUUGGUUGGUGCAUUACUCUCGCAUCAACCAUUGUCUACACUCUCUCAGUCCACGUCAGUGUCAUAGCAUCAACAAGCACAGAAAAUCUGGCCAAAUAUCUGCCAGAUGCCUUGAGACUUAAUCUCAUUGCAACCGGAAUCUCUAUCAUCGCACUAAUGGUGCCAAAGAUAUCGAUUGCCCUUCUACUUACUCGGAUUCUUAAUUCGACCCGAGUGAUGAAGUGGCUCAUAAUCUCCAUUUCCGUUCUAGCAUUGGUUAUGGGUGUCAUCGCAGUGAUCAUCGAGUUUGAGCAGUGUGACCCAGUUCCAGGUCAAUGGGAUCCUGAGCGCUACCAUCCGAAAUGCUGGCCUGCUAGUGUCCAAAUGAACUAUUCCUACUUUGUCGGUUCAUGGUCCGCCUUCUUAGAUUUUUUCUAUGCGAUCUAUCCCGCCUCAGUCAUCUGGAAAUUGAAUAUGGCCAAUUCCCGCAAGAUUGAUCUCUCCAUCUUGAUGGGGUUAGGUAUUGUGUCUGGGUCCGUGGCCAUUUAUAAGACAAGCCAAUUCCAUCUCCUACAGGAGCGUGGAGGCGUUGUUGCAGAGGCUCUCUAUGUGAUGAGCCAACUUAGUAUGUGGACGAUUAUCGAAACCAACAUCACCAUCAUCGCCGCCUGCAUUCCUCUUACCUCUCCUGUCUUCCGUGCCGCCAAGAGGCGUGCUGCACCUUACCUACGAGAGGUGGGCAUUAACGUUAGAUCAACGAGGACAGAUAAGCACUCUAACCGCAGCCAGAAUGAGCAUGAACUCAGCAGCCAGAAUCGUACUCAAAUCUAUGUUCAUCACGAUAUUCAAGUCGAAAGCAAUGAUGGACGCGAAUCAGAUCGAAUUCCGCUUUCAAGUCAUGAUUUACCCUGA